AGUGCUGCAGCCCGAGCGUGUACAUUUGUUUACAGCCGCGAGUGCUCCGUGUGUAACUCGUCGUUAACGCUUUAGGUUAAUGAAAAUCCUGUCAGUUUGGGUGGGAAAUAUUUAGAAUAUACAACGUUUAUUAGCGACACUUCAGCUACCGCGCGACUGCUAUGUAUGUGCUGUAUAACGAGUGUAACAUUGGCUAACAAAACAUGCUAAAGACACGGUUUAUUAGCCUUCUAAAAACCAGUGUAACCUUUACGUUACAGCGUCAUGUAAUGGUCUUGGACACUAUUAUUAUUCUUCCUCACUAUUUUAAAGUGCAUCAUUAAUCCUCACGUUGGUUUCUGGUACGUUACUUGCCUCAUUCAGUGAUCUAAACUAAACGGUUGCGAGUUAGCAAGCUGCAAGGUAAGCUGACAUGGGAGUCACAGAAGACGGGGUGACCUCUCACUACAGAUCUCUGACAAUAUAUGAAUGACCAAAGACCUGGUGCAUCAUGGCGUUGUCUGAAGUUUAUUGGGAUCACCAGAUACCUCUGCCAAAGCUUGCUCCAGUCCAGGCCAAGGUCACAGUUGCCUUGGUGGCACUCCUGUGCUUCAUCAGCAGUUAUGACGGGGAGUUUGUGUUUGACGAUUCAGAAGCAAUCGUCAACAACAAGGACUUGAAGCCAACAACUACCCUGAGCAACAUCUGGACCAAUGAUUUCUGGGGAAGCAACCUGAGCAGCAACUCGAGUCAUAAAUCUUACCGACCUCUUACUGUCCUUACAUUUAGGCUGAACUACCUCUUGGCUGGAGGGCUGCAUCCUGUUGGCUUCCAUGUACUGAACAUUGUCCUCCAUGCCAUCAUAUCUGCCCUUAUGAUUGAUGUGUUUGCUGUCCUGAUUGGUGGACUGGCCUAUGAUGAGAAUGGUUGGAUAAUGAACUAUGCCCCCAAGACUUCCCUGCUUGCUGCCUUCUUCUUUGCUGCACACCCAGUUCACACAGAAAGUGUGGCUGGUAUAGUGGGUCGAGCAGAUCUUUUAUGUGCUCUGUUCUUCCAGCUCUCCUUCCUCACCUACUGCAAAGCUUUUAACAAAGGAAGAGAUGGCCAGUUUUCCUUGCAGUGGGUUGUGGUUAGCCUCUUGCUGUGUGCUGCAGCGAUGCUCUGUAAAGAACAAGGCAUCACGGUCUUGGGUGUGAAUGCAGCCUUUGAUGUCCUCCUGAUCUGUAAUGUUAAUGUGUACGAACUCAGCCAGAGGCUACUCCUUAGGAAGAAUCCACUCAAUGUGAGUGACAUAUUACGAACAGGACUGCUUACACGGUUGGUGCUCAUGGGUCUCGGAGGACUCUCAAUGCUCUAUGCACGCUGGAGGAUCAUGGGAACAGGACCGCCAGCAUUCACUGAAGUAGACAACCCUGCCUCUUUUGCAGAAAAUGUAUUUCUUCGAAUAGUGAACUAUAAUUACUACUACUCGCUGAAUGCCUGGCUGCUGCUGUGUCCCUGGUGGCUGUGUUUUGAUUGGUCCAUGGGCUGUGUGCCUCUCAUUAAGGGAGCAACUGAUUGGAGGAUAGUGUGGUUACUGCUGCUCUGGUGCAUCCUGAUAGGCUUGAUAAGCCAAGCCUUAUGCUCGCAGGACAGCCAGAGAAGGAGGACACUGACCUUGGGCCUGGUGCUGCUGGUGGUUCCUUUCCUGCCAGCCUGUAACAUUUUUUUCCGAGUGGGCUUUGUCAUUGCUGAGAGAGUGCUCUACCUCUCUUCGGCUGGCUACUGCUUACUGCUGGCCUACGCCGUGGGACACUGCUGCUAUCGUUGGACCAAAUACAGGAGGUUGCUGUGUGUGUCGGUGCUUUUACUACUGUGUGUGCAUGUAGCUCGCUGUGCUCUCCGCAGUUACCAGUGGCGGUCAGAGCAAAGCCUCUUCACCAGUGCCCUGUCUGUGUGUCCACUCAAUGCCAAGGUCCAUUACAAUGUAGGCAAGAACCUGGCUGAUAGAGGAAAUGCAAGUGCUGCUAUUGGAUAUUACAGAGAGGCAGUCAGGCUUCAUCCUACUUAUGUCCAUGCCAUGAACAACCUGGGGAAUAUCCUGAAGGAGCGGAAUGAGCUAAUUGAGGCAGAGCAGCUUUUGUCUAAAGCUGUUUCCAUUCAGCCUGACUUUGCUGCUGCUUGGAUGAAUCUAGGAAUAGUUCAGAACAGCUUGCAGAAAUUUGAGGAAGCGGAGCAGAGCUACUGGAAUGCCAUUCGCUUCCGGAAGAAAUACCCAGAUUGCUACUAUAACUUGGGGCGCUUGUAUGCUGACCAGAACAGACAUGUGGAUGCCCUGAAUGCAUGGAGGAAUGCAACGGUGCUGAAACCUGACCACAGCCUGGCUUGGAACAACAUGGUUAUUCUGCUGGACAACACUGGUAACUUGGGUCAAGCAGAACUAAUUGGCCGUGAAGCUCUGAGGCUCCUCCCCAACGACCACACUGUCAUGUUUUCACUGGCUAAUGUCCUUGGAAAAUUACAGAAAUACAAGGAAUCCGAGGGCUUCUUCCUUCAAGCUCUUCGGAUCAACCCAAGUGCUGCCAGUUGCCAUGGCAAUUUAGCUGUGCUGUAUCAUCGCUGGGGAAAACUGGAGCUGGCAAAGAAACACUAUGAGCUGUCUCUAAAGAUGGACCCUGAUGCUCCUGGGACCAGAGACAACUACAACAUGCUGCAACGUAAACUGGACCAGCUUAAACACAACACACCCUGAAAGAACCCAGUUGGAUCCUUGUCUGCUGUGACAGGGAUGUUUUCCAUUGUUCUAUUUGGUAUGACCUCAGUUGACUGAUUCUAUCUUUGUACCAUUUAGAAAUAAAGACCAAGAUUUGUCUAUGA